GUGAUACACCUAAAAAAAGCAUGGGCCGUCUGUUUGACUGGAAGCUAAGAUGCCUUUACAUGUGCAUGCUGUAAUUAUGCCAGAAUUGAAGAGCAUAUGAUAAGACUGCUUGAGCCUCUCAGCAGUAACAGUCGACUAAAAGAACAAAAGAAGCCAUACGCAGGUCAUGUUCUUUCAUUAUUCAUCUGUGUCUCAUUUGCCCGCUAAAUUCUACCCUGUUGCAGUGUGGAGAAAUUUGUGUUCACAGGCAGAGAUAAUAGCUGAAUCUGUGGCUAAACUAAUUUCUCUGUUUGUCCCUGCUUUGUGUUUGUUUUAUGGAUAGUGAUUUGUGACUGGUGUUUGUUUGGGCGUUUGCAUAUGUUGUUGAUUUCUCCUGAGCGCUCAUAGUGCUGGAAAGAAUAAAUUGAUUUAUUGCAUUCAUGGCAAAUUCAGCUUUGUUCUCUCUUUUAAUCAAACCUUUAGCCUAAUUGUUGUGCAUUGACUGCAGGGUUAUGAAAAAUCUUAUGGAAUUGCAAAACCUCCGAGCCAUUGGCUUUUCCAUUUGCUGGAAAAAAGCCAUACAUUUAUUUAAAAAAUAGCAUUCCUUGUUCCAAGUGUAGUGAAAAUUUAUACCUUGCUUGCCUUGUGGUGAAAAUUAAGCAAGACUAUAUAUGCACCUGUCUGAAAGCAUAUAAGUGUGUGAAGACCAAUGCAAGAUGUUGCCUGCCUGUCUGCCCACAAUCAUAGCAGUGUGGAUGUAGCUCUGCCAUGCAUGGCAAUGAUGUCUUUCCUCUGUGUAUCCUUUAAGUAAACGACACAUGGUUGGUUCAGUGCGUGAAGGGACAGGUCUGGAGCUCUCACUUCAUCUUGGGUUGCCUUCAUCUCAGAGGGCAGAAAUCUCAGCCAAUGAUUGGGCCGCCUGCUCUGAGGACGUGACUGGACACGUGGUGCGGAGACCAGCAGCUGGCCCUCUGAGCCCUGUGCCGGCUCGGCUCCUGUGAGGAGCGUACCCGCAACCCUCCACACUGCUGUCACCCCUUCACCCUCCACCCCAUUUAGGGAUGUGUGAGGAUUAAGCUUCAGGAUUAGUGAAACGUGGGCAUCAGUUACAGGAGGAGAGACAUACCAUUGCUUGUUUUGUGGUCUACUGUAUGUGAUGACGUGGGCAAUGAUGGCUCAGUGUCUGGUCCCUAGAAAGCGGCUUCUGCAGCUGCGUCUCAAACACAUGCCUGUCCAGCACGCAUAACCACAGGUAAUGACCAGGCAUAGAGCCAGCCCUGGAGAUGCCGAAGAGAAGAGACAUUCUUGCCAUCGUGUUGAUCGUGUUACCCUGGACCCUGCUCAUUACUGUGUGGCACCAGAGCGCCAUUGCCCCUCUGCUUGCCAUCCGAAAGGCUUGUCACCAUCUAGUAAAAGAGAUCUUUAUCAUACCAGAGCGGCUAAUGAUCCAGCGGCACCGCCUGGCAGAUGACGGACCUGAGGGCCGGCAUGAGGCAGGCCCGGCCACUGACUCAAAGGAGUACUGCUCACCCGACAAGGACAUAGUGGAGGUGGUGCGCACCGAGUAUGUGUACACAAGGCCGCCGCCCUGGUCUGACGUGCUGCCCACUAUCCACGUAAUCACACCCACGUAUAGCCGGCCCGUGCAGAAGGCGGAGCUGACACGCCUGGCCAAUACUUUCUUGCACGUACCCAACCUGCACUGGAUCCUGGUGGAGGAUUCGCAGCGGAGGACGCCGCUAGUGACGCGGCUGCUGAGGGAGACAGGUCUCAACUACACACACCUCAACGUGGAGACGCCACGCAACUACAAACUGCGAGGGGAUGUGCGAGACCCCAGGAUACCGCGUGGAACCAUGCAAAGGAACCUGGCCCUGCGCUGGCUCCGAGAGACCUUCAGUCCCAAUAACAGUCAGGCUGGCAUCGUCUACUUCGCCGAUGACGACAACACAUACAGCUUGGAGCUCUUUGAGGAGAUGCGCUCCACCCGCAAGGUGUCCGUGUGGCCUGUAGCGUUUGUUGGAGGGUUGCGGUACGAGUCACCCAAGGUCAAUGCUGCGGGCAAGGUGUAUGGCUGGAAAACAGUCUUUGACCCUCACCGGCCCUUCGCCAUUGACAUGGCAGGUUUUGCCAUCAACCUGCGCCUCAUCCUGUUCAAACCCCAGGCCUACUUCAAACUGCGUGGGGUUAAAGGGGGUUACCAGGAGAGCAGCCUGCUCAAAGAGCUUGUCACUCUGAAUGACCUAGAGCCUAAAGCAGCCAAUUGCACUAAGAUUCUUGUGUGGCACACAAGGACGGAAAAGCCUGUCCUGGUGAAUGAAGGCAAGAAAGGCUUCACAGACCCAAAUGUGGAGAUUUGAUGUCCACCUUAACACUGGCACUUGACUAAGCUGAGGUCCAAGGGGAAUAUACAGAAAGCGUACCUCAGAAACAAACCUUGAGAUAAGAAUUCUUGUCGCUAGUAACUAUAACUAAUCUUAAUACUACAGCGUAUCUUUCAAAGCACAGAUUGGAUAAACAAGGCAAUAUUUUUUAAGAGCAGUCAUGAAAAGCGGGCUUGUCACAAAAACAAGAAAAGGAAACCAUGGCACCUCUGUGCGAUGGCCUUAUCGUCUGCUCACAGGAGACAGCACAGUGAGGAACCAGGGAGAAACCGCACACCCGGCUGAUGGUCUAAGACCUUGCCCAGCGCAUGGUUAUGUGCCUGGACGAGCAGUGCAGGAGUCCACAUUGACUUGAGCAUACCCAUAGGGUUGGGAGUUGUCCAAGGGACACAGAUUCAGGCGUCUCCUUCACUGCUGAUGUUCAGUUUUGGUAACCGACAAAUGGAACUUCAAAUAAAUAAUCUCUCGGAUUAGACUCUUCAGAGAUUAGCGCAUAUUUAGAAGGGAAUGUCUUUCUUUUUUUAACGUAACACAAUGUCUGCUCUUAAUUUAAUGUUCAUAUGUUGUUUGCGUUCGCUGUCUUGCUAGCUCAGAAGUGUUGAAUUGGUUCUGGAUUCUUGUUGCCUCAACUGAAAUACAGGUUCUCAAAGUGUUUUUGAAGCGUCAUUGCGAUAUUACUCACAUACUGAGCCUAGCAGCUAUGUUAAAUCUGGCACUGAGUGAGUAUAUAACACUCUCCUUAUGACUACAUUCUAAAUGAAUACAAACAACACUUAAAUGUCAUGUCCAGUGUUCCAGUGUGGAUGCUGCAUUGUAAAUACUUAAAAGUGAACAAUCCUAGGCUUUGAGAUGGUCUAGCAGUAAACCAAGCAAGCAUUGUAACUACUGUAUUUAUAAUUCAGUGUAGAGUUAAGACUGAAGAAUAAUUUGCUAGGACAUCCACAUACUACAGCAUAAGACUUUGCACAUGCACAGUGAGGGUGAGGGACAGGCGGGUGCGGGGAGGUUCCGGACGGUACAACAACACAUGGCCUCGCCAUGGUUAAAUAAGGUGGUAGUGGAGAGGAGGAGAUGUUUUGAUGAAAAGCACGCCGGUAAAUAUCAGCUGUAUCUCAUGUAUCAGAUGAAAGCCAUGGACUCUGAGUCUUCACCAGAGGCCUGUCAGGAGAAGAUGUAAAGCUAAUAUUAGACUAGCAGCAGGUCAUGGGGGUCUGCAAUAAAUGUCUGAAGGAUUAUUGCUAGGGAGAUUCUUACAAUGUGAGGAAAUUUACUCGCACUGUAGUUUAUAGCUUAUGUAAUGGGUGAUUUUUUGGUAUUAAAUUAGCAUAAUUAACAGGAAAUGGUCACAUCUCUAGAUUGUAAAAAAAAAAAAAAAAAAUGGCACAUGUAUGUCAUAGUGUCAAGAACAGAACUCAGAACCAAAUGCUUAAGCAUCAGUGUCCUUUAGUCUUCACAAGUACAACAUUCAAUAAGUUUCAUAUUACAUGCAUGUGACAGAAGCUCCUCUCCCUUUGCUGUCCUGAUUGGAACCAAUUUUUACAGGUAAAAGUCAGUUCUGUUGCACAAUUUCUGACUACUAUCAGCAGUACCGAGCAAAACAGUUAUUCAAGCACAACAGAUUCUGAUCUUGUAAAAAUUGUGAGGCAAAAACAUGGUUAGUCCCUCAUACUUACAACACAUCAUCAAUGUUGUUUCAAUGCAGCAUCAAGGUUCAUCUCCAAGGACACCAGUAAGCUUUUUCUUUUUAAAAAAAUGCUCAUUUAUACACUGUAUAUAAUUUUAAACAUAAAGGCCAAGUUAUGUGUUGAGUGUUCAGUCACAAGGCUUCAUUAAAUUAGGCCUCAACAAUAUAGCAUACAACUCAUUUUCCAUGUGAGUUGCCAUGGGACUACUGAAAUAAGACAUCCUCCUAUAAGAGUCUCAGUUGUUGAGGAAUCAAGGGAUUUGACUGAAC